GCGACCUCACACUCGUAUCUCCGUUACUUGCUGCUUACUGAGAUUAUCUGACAAAAAAAAGUUUCUCACAGGCUACGCCUCAUAUUAUCAUUGUACAAGUUUGUUAAUUAAGAAAUCGGGGCAUCGCCGAAAAUUUCGUAACAUUUGUUUACAAAAAAGAACUGUCACCAUGAUAACUGCGAUAUUCCUUUGCACCAUUUUUGGAUCUUCCCUGGCUACACCUUUGACUACAGUCUGGCUGAGUCCCAUAUCACCAGUUGCCCCUUUGACCCAUCAGUAUCAAUCACAAGAUGGUUCAGGUGCCUAUCAUUAUGCAUAUACUGGACCGCAUCAUGCUAAAACGGAAACGAGUCUAAAUGGAGUGACCCAAGGUGGUUAUUCGUACAUCGACGCUAAUGGGAUUCUGCAAACAGUAGCGUACACUGCCGACGCUCAAAAUGGUUUUCGUGUAAGUGCCAGCAAUCUUCCCCAGCAGCCAAGAGAAGAUCAGAAUCCAGUGUCCGAUACACCGGAGGUGGCGGCUGCGAAGAAGGAUCACCUAGAGGAAUUCAAGAGAGUCGAAUUAGAGAUCAAUCAAAAUCCAACUUCUUGGCAAGAUCGCAGAGUCUUGCCAUAUAAGAACGAUCAGCCGAUCCUGAGCUUCUCCAACGUGGUCCAGCAGGAAGCUGACAACCAUCUGGACUCCCAGAAAAGCCAGACGCAACAGGAACUCCAGAAUCCAUUUUUAUUGACUAAGGCGGAAGCUGAAAAGAUUGACAUCCCUAAACCGGAUCCUAGCCUCUUUACGUACAGCCAGUCUGGAAUCUUCCAGAAGGAUGCUCAGAAGCUUCAUAUCGGUCAAGUCCCGGUCUCCAACAUAGCAUCACUUCCGGUUCAUCGACCAAUUGCUCUACCAAGUUCCUACGUCUUACCGAUUCUACCAUACAGAUUGUUGCAUAGCUCGCUUCAUCAUACACAAGACUCUUUGGGACAGUACGAUUACAGUUACACUGGUGACUCCAGUGCCAAAACUGAAUCUAGGUCACUAGAUGGCACCACUAGAGGCGCUUAUAGCUAUAUCGAUGCUAAUGGCCUCUUACAGCAAGUUCAUUACAUAGCUGAUCAUAAUGGCUUCAGAGUGGCGGCUACAAAUUUGCCGGAGGCUUAGUAAACUUUUACCCUACAAUAUAAAAUAAACGGAGCGCCAUAUUUAUCGCCAUCAUUCUGGCCCCGCAGUCUAUUUUUUUUUUUUUCAUUCGCACGUUUCCAUUGAAUAUUCAAGAAUAAGUUGAUUUUUCAUUGCUCAUUCGUUUUCUUCAAUUGUCAUUAGCUGAAAAGUUUCCAUUAGUACAUAUUACAAUACUGCUACGCAUUUUGCUCGAUACUAGAAGAUUUUGAUAACUGCUAUAAGUUAUCACAUAGAAUAGUAAUAAGUUGGAUCAUCGUAUUCUUAUUGGUGUCGGGUAAUCCUUGAAUGCUUUUCGAGUUCGCUCAAUGUAAUACCUAUUGAUAAUUUUGAUGAGCCCACUUGACUCGUAUUCAUAAGUUCGUGAUGAUACUGAUGAGUAAUAACCUGAGAAACUUUUUUUGACCAUGUAUUCUUGAGUAAUAUGUACUAAAAUAAAUUAUUAUCUUAUUUAAAAAAAAGCAGAUUUGUUUUAUCAUGCCAUUUUUCAGAAUGAAAAGGGCUGAUUAACCACGAUUAAGCGUCAUUUUUUUUUUUUUAAACAUUAUCAAAUGUUUCGUUACAACAAAGGUGAAAGGUCAUCUGUUCCAACGCGAAUGUUCUUUCUGGGGUGUACGUUCACUGUCUUGAGCUUAAGUGAAAAUGAAUACAAUCAGUUGAUUUUUAA